GGUCUAGGAGCCAAGGAGGGACUCCAGGGUACGCGCGCGCACUCGCGGCCUCCGCUCGCAGCCCAGCUUCCCCCUCGCGGCGGGAGUCUUCCUGGGAACGCCUCUCCUACCCAUCCCACCUUCGACCCCAUCGGUAGGCUUUCGGUUGGCUGUCCGUCAUAGCCCCGCCCCCUGAGGAUCGCCAAUCACCGUGCGCAUGUGGCAGAAGUGGGUGGGUCCUGAGAAAUUCGAAAGGAGCCCCGCCCUCUGGGAGCCGAUUCCCGAGACAAGAUUGUGGAAAGAAAGCUUCUGAGUGGAAGUUCAGGUCUAAGCUCACUCGCUCCUGCUGAUUGGACAUGGAGGGUUUGGAGGAAGAUGUCAAGUUUAUUGUGGAUGAGACCUUGGACUUUGGAGGUCUGUCCCCAUCUGACAGUCGUGAGGAGGAAGAUACAGCAGUAUUGGUGACUCCAGAGAAACCACUCCGACGGGGCCUCUCCCACCGAAGUGACCCAAACGCAGUGGCCCCUGCACCCCAGGGUGUGAGGUUCAGCUUAGGCCCUCUUAGUCCAGAGAAGCUGGAAGAGAUCCUCGAUGAAGCCAACCGGCUGGCAGCUCAGUUGGAGCAGUGUGCCCUACAGGAUCGGGAGAGCUCAGGUCAGGGCCCACGGCCUCUCCGAGGGAAGCCCAGCCCUCGACGGGAGACCUUUGUGCUGAAGGACAGCCCUGUCCGAGACCUGCUACCCAAUGUCAGCUCUUUGGCUUGGAGUACACCCUCCCCAAGCAGCCUGACACCUCGGCUCCGGAGCAGUGAUAAGAAGGGGUCAGCCAGGGCGCUUAGAGUGACACCUGGAAAGAGGCCCUCCAAUGUGAAGAGGGAAUCACCCACUUGCAAUCUGUUGCCUGCAUCCAAAAGCCCAGCAUCAUCUCCUCUUGUACAAUCAACUCUUCCACUCCGGGGCAAGGCUGGGCCCAAUGCAAGGGCAACAGCAAGGCCACCUACCCAUGUCAGACAAGCCUUGGCUCCACAGCCUUCAACCAGCAACUCUCAACGCCAUUCUCGGCCACAGGGGACAGCUACUAAGGCUUCCAGUCGACUCCCUGUUCCUUCAGCUAUCCCCAGGCCCUCUAGCCGAAUGCCACUCACCAGCCGGAGUGUACCACCUGGCAAAGGUGCCCUCCCUCCGGAUUCUGUGUCAACUCGGAAAGGGCCUCUAAGACCAAGCACUGCAGGGCACAAAGUUCCUAUUUCCCAGCGACCAAACCUUCCUGCUGCUAGUGCCACUCGCAGCAAUCUGCAGCCUCCUAGGAAAAUUGCAGUCCCUGGACCUACCAGGUAAAAAAAAUCAAGACAACGAGCAAGAAUUCAGUAGCAAACCACUACAGUCACUGCCUGGAUUCAUUUAUAAUAGCAGGCCCUGAUUCCAUCAGAUUCUAGCCCAGGGACAGGAGAAAGACAUGCCGCCAGGGUGAUAACCCCCCAGGAAUAUAGACCAUAGGAGAUGGGGUGGAUUUGAGUUUUACUGAAAUAAAUUCAAACUCUCUGGACUGAAAAAAAGAUGAAGAGAAAAGAGGUGACCUCGUAGCAGUGAAAUUAGCAAAAAAAAAAAAAAUGAAGAAUUCUGGCAAAUUGCUUGUGCUCUCCACCCCCACUCUUGCAGUCAGCCCCAGAGAAUUUGAUCUUCUUCCCAGGCCUUGGUUCAGUGGAUGAGUCCAUGUGAAUGGCCUCUGUAGCCAGCUUCUGCUCUCUGAGGAUAGGUCUUCCUGAAUCACAUCCUCUACUGGACUCAGGCCUGUUUGGAGAGGCAAGGCAGGCAUCUGGUCUCCAGAAUUUGUUUCCUGUGAAUUCUGUGAUUCCACAUAGGCUAGUUGAUGAUAAGCUUACUCUGUGUUUCUUUAAAAUAAAAUGAAUGUAUUUUUUUAAAUUUCCUAUAUAUCUGGAAGUAAAUUCUGCUCCAAUUCCUAAUAAAUUUGUUGUAAACCUC